CUGAUCUGUCCGUAUAGGUGUGGGGGUCACCGGGCUCUUCGCUUCUCUGUCACCUGGAGUUGAUCUCUAGGGUUUUGCUUUUGCUAUCGGGGUGGUGACAAUAGUUUUUUUCUUUCUUUCUUAAAAAUGACGGUUAAUCCCGACUAUUUGGUGCUUUUAUUCACCACCACAUCUGGCGAGGGGGAUCAGUUGGGAUCAGAUGAGAAGAAAAUUGUACACCUGGUUUGGCAAGUUGUGAAUUUAGCAACUAAAAAGGCCGGUCAGGUAAAUGAACUGCUAGUCAAACCAGAUCAAAUUGAGCUCUCUAAAGAGUGUCAGGAGCUCAGCGGACUCACAGAUGAGGCUUUGACAGCUGCAGAUCCCUCGAAGACGCCAUUGAUCAGUUUGCAUCAGAAGUUGUGUGCUGAAGUGGACACAGGUGCAGGAAACACCUUCUACCUCUGUACGGAUGGACAGCUUCACGUGCGUCAAGUCUUGCAUCCCGAGGCUUCCAGCAAGAAUAUUUUGCUGCCGGAUUGUUUCUUCUCGUUCUUUGACCUGCGGAAAGAGUUCAAGAAAGAAUUCCCAUCAAUAGCGGAAUUGAAAAACUUGAAUCUUCAGGUCAUGGCUGAUCAUCUGAAUGUGGCUGUGGAUUCUUCUCUUCAUGCUUUCACUGCAUACAAGGUUCAGCAGAUGGUGGAUAUCGUUUUAGCGCUCAUCUCAGAGCCUACCUGCCACAAAUUCACUCUUCCUGAAAAAGUAAAUGAAAAGUUUGAGACAGGCACCUGCAGUAAAAUGGAGAGAGUGGAUGAUAACACAGUGAUCAGAGCACGGGGUCUUCCAUGGCAGUCUUCAGACCAGGACAUUGCACGGUUUUUCAGGGGUCUCAACAUCGCCAAAGGAGGUGCUGCACUGUGUCUGAAUGCUCAGGGCAGGAGGAAUGGAGAAGCAUUAGUGCGGUUUGAGAGUGAAGAGCACAGAGAUUUGGCCCUACAGAGACACAAGCAUCACAUGGGGACCAGAUACAUUGAGGUUUACAAGGCAACAGGUGAAGACUUUCUAAAGAUAGCAGGAGGUGCCUCUAAUGAAGUGGAGAAUUUUCUGUCAAGGGAGAAUCAGAUUAUCGUCCGCAUGCGUGGACUUCCGUUCAAUGCCACCGCAGAGCAGGUUCUGCAGUUCUUCUCCCCAGCUUGUCCUGUGACGGACGGCAGCGAAGGCAUUCUGUUUGUACGUUUUCCCGAUGGCAGGCCCACUGGGGAUGCGUUUGUCUUGUUCUCCUGUGAGGAACACGCUCAGAACGCACUGAAGAAACAUAAGGACAUUCUGGGAAAGCGAUACAUCGAGCUGUUCAAGAGCACAGCGGCUGAGGUGCAACAGGUACUCAACAGAUACUUAUCGGCUCCGUUGAUUCCUGUGGCUCCAUCCCCGAUUCUGUCUGUUGUGCCGCCACCCACAUUCGUACCCCAAACAGCAGCGGUCCCAGGUGUUCGGGACUGUGUGAGAUUGAGGGGUCUACCGUACGAUGCCUCCGUCCAGGAUAUAUUGGUUUUCCUUGGGGAAUAUACAGCUGACAUCAAACCACAUGGAGUGCAUAUGGUGCUUAACCUGCAGGGUCGUCCAUCGGGUGAGGCUUUUAUCCAGAUGCUUUCAGCAGAGCGGGCGUUCCUAGCAGCCCAGCGCUGCCACAAGCGCAGCAUGAAGGAGCGUUACGUGGAGGUGUUUGCAUGUUCUGCUCAGGAGAUGAACAUCGUGCUGAUGGGAGGAACGCUCAACAGGAGCGGCCUCUCGCCGCCGCCAUGUAAGUUACGACGUUUGUCUCCUCCAUCUUACACGUUUCCUCACGGGACGGCGUUUCUUCCAGCUGGAGCAGUCCUUCCUGCUGGAGCAGUACUACCAGUGGAACCAGCAGGCAUUUACCCCUCCCAAUUCCUGUUAAGUCCCCGACCCCCCCCGCACACCACCGCCUUUUAUCCGGCCAGCAACACACUAUACAUGAACUACACCUCCUAUUAUCCCAGUCCACCAGGCUCCCCACCCAACAUCAACUACUUCCACACUGGCCACACCCCUUCAGCAGGCUCAGUCCUCUCAGCCCCGCCCACAGCACUGAUUCGAAUGCAGGGCCACGCCCAUUCUCACACUUAUAAUAGCGGGGUUAAAGAGAUCCUCAGCAUGGUGCAGGGAUAUCAGCCCGGCAACAGCGACGCUUUGGUAACUCUUCCUUCUAUGCUGUCGGCAAAGCAGCCUAUUGGAGACCAGACUGUAGGAGGCGGAGCUUAUCUUGACUUGCAGUUGCUUUAAGCCAAUCUAUUGACAAGGCCACGCCCCAAAGGCGAAUUCAACAACCCCUCAAAACAAAGCAGUUUAUGCCAUUUAUGCUAUUUAUAUGAGAAUUUUUAAUAAGAAUUAUAUGUAUUUUGAUGUUAAUGUAUAUUGCACAUUGUUUUUUUUUAUGCAUUAGAGCUAAUGAUAUUCUUUCAUAAGUUUGUAUGUACAUGCACAUGCAGUGAUGUUCACUCAGGAAAUAUAGCUUCUCAAACCAGGGUCCAAUCCAUAAACUUGCCAAACCAAAAGGCAGAUUCUCACUGAUACCAUAAAUUUAAGUCCAAAGGACCAGUAAUAAAAUCUAAGCGUGCAUGUGUAUGAGUGAGUGUGUGUUAGUGCUCCCUGUUGAUGUGACUCUACCGUGAGUAUGUGUGAAUGCGUAGAGACCUUCUCAAGCCUCUCUCUCUCUCUCUCUUAAUCUUUGAAGGUUUUAAUUUGCAUGAAGUUCACAGAGCUAGCUGUUUUAAUGUUUACAAGAUUCGCCAAAUCCUCACACCAUGCACAAUGCAGUUCGUGGAUGUCUGCAACUUAGUCAUUUCGCCAAAAGAAAUAGCUCACAAAAGGAAUCAGGAACAACUGUUGUGCUUUAUACCUGUACUGUUGUGUCUAUGUGUCAUGCAUCGGAAAAAAUGUGUAUCGUCCAUACCAAUCAAUGUACAAAAUUCUAUAGAUAAACGUGCUUGUUGAUUUGUGUAUGUGAGUGUGGUAGAUGUAUUCCAGUGGAUGAAUGAGUAUGUGUGUGCGCGCAGUAGGUGUGCGCACCAUAAAAGUCAAUGCAUGCGUGUUUAUUUACUGCACUCAGAGAGUGUUUUCGGGCCUGCUGUAAUGCACACAGGUGUAUUCUCACCCAUUGUCUGUGUAUUAAGAGGAGUGUUUGUGUGCAUCUGCUGGAAUGUGAACAGGUUUAUUUGUUACCUGCAGCUGUAUCCCAUCUGUACCCUCCUGUUUGUUUAUGCCAACGUGCCUCAUUUAUUAUACUCUGUGUUUUGUUGUUUUGUUUUAAUACUAGGAAUGAUUUGCAUGUUUAGGCUUUUAUGACAGUAGGAGUAAAGCGUAUGACAGUGGAA